AUGAAGAUUCUGACUUUGACACCUUUUCCGUUGCUGUUCUUGUGCAAAAUUGCGUUUGAUGCCAGACUCUUGACGCAUGCCUUUUCUGGAGGUGAUCCUGGAGGUAUCGGGGCUCGUGGCUCCAAGUCGGCACUGUUUCAGUUCUACACGGAAUCGGACCCUUCCGACUACGAUGCCGCAGAUUUAACGGGUGAAAAGAGUGUGGCCGUCGACGAAAACGAGGCCGAUAGUAUCAUUCGCGACGAUCUCAAACGAGAGUUAUUGCUCUUGAGCAGUGUCACGAAUCGCGGCGAGUACGCCUCACCCGACGAGCAAAACAUUAUUGUGGAUAUAGUGGCCCAACUCGAGGCUUUGAAUCCGACGGCCGAUCCCGCCUCGAACUGCCAAGGUGAAUGGGAUCUAGCCUUGUCUUCGACGCAAUUCUUUCGUUCCAGCCCAUUCUUCCAGUCAAUUCGUGUGGCCAUGGGUGAAAAUAACAAAGCUAUGGCGGAAAACGCGUUCGACAUUCACGACCGCGCAACGACCGCCUCGCGCGUGGGACGAGUGCGACAAACUAUUUCCGACACGAAGCUGUUGUCCGAAGUGGAGCUGGAAGUUGGACUCUUACCAGGCUUUCCAAUACGUGUCAAGGGAACUGUGAUCACAUCCGCAACGUUGGACGUUGUUUCACCGGAAACUUGGGAGACUCGUAUUAUUGAAACACACGUUAAGGGUUCCAACAUCCCUAUCAUCAACGAGUUUCUCGACGAUGCUCGCUUCGAAAUCCCCGUUAGCAAUAUCUACAAUACCUUACAAGGGCAAGUUCCGGUCGUUCCAAUGAAGACAUUUUACUUGGAUGAAGGUGUCCGCAUAACGAGGGAUAUCGACGACAACAUAUUCGUCUUUACGCGAGCCUAG